AACACGUUACGCCGAAAGUACCGGUCCGGAAAUCGUUAAAAUUGUGCACACGCCGGCUGGCCGAUAACGCCCCGAUCUCGCACUUCACGGUACAAAUUCGAUUUUCACACGAGGCGUCACGACCGCUGCACCGCGCAACACCGUUUACGUUUCACGCCACGCAAAUACGAGAGGAGGUCGGACCGGUUUCGCAUGCAGCAUCAUCCCAUCACCAGCAACAAAAACGUAGAAGGCGAUCGUCACUCCGUACCACGGGAAGACCCACGGAGAUUCUACGGAGCGGAACGGUUUCACAAAAAACGCACCACGCAGCUCGUCAAAGUCAACUAAUGACCGUCGCAUCAUAUACUUGAAGCUGACAGUGCACAUCAGCAACUGCUUCGCCGCUCUCGUCGUUCCCGCGUCUCUGGCGCAUCUUUUUCAAGGAUCAGACGCGAGUCUUCGAGCAUCAUCACGCAUCAUCGCGGCAUAAUCGUUCCGCAACAGCUGCGGCGCAUCGCGUAUCGCAACCACUCAUCGUCCCCGCGAGAACAAUUUUUGCGCGAACGUACCCGGCGCGUCCCGGCGGAUACGAAAGAAGCUAGAUACUAGAAGCUGGAACUUCAGGCGGCAACUUUAAGCCCCUCGUGAAUAAUCGCCGGCGGCCUAGGGGCGAAAGUCCCGACAUUCAUAACGGGGCGCAGCGGUAGUCGUCGGCCGGUGACUGCCGCAGCCGGCCGAAAGAUUGCAGAAAAUCCGUCCGAGCGACGAGAUAAAUUUCCUCGCGUGCGCCGCGCGGACGCGCAAAACAAAUUAAAAGAAACGGAAACGGUCGGCAGGACAGAAGGCGGACGAGGAGGGGCGGGAGAGGGGAAGAAAUAGUAAAAAAAAAAAGAGGACGGAGCACACGAAAGCGCGAGAGGUGGUCGCCACCGAGCCCGCUGAUAAACGCUGAGUAAUGGGGACGCAAAUUGCGUGCGAGGAAUACCGCGUGAGAAAUGAGUGUCCGAUGCAAAUUCUUCCGGCCGCGCGGACGACGCGACGACCGGUGCUGCCGGACGCUGUAAUUCCGUCUAAACGGCUCGCGGCAAGCGCGCGGACCGCGGUGAGGCUCGCGGAGCCGGACCGUACUUUGUCGUCUGCGUGUGACGGUUCGACGAGAGACGUGUAAUACCUGGGGGAACUAGUCAAUUAGUAGCCAUCAGCGCGGGAUCCAAGUUAAUAUAACAACAAGUAUAUCAACACUGGAGAUCGUAGACGGAUUAUGUUACUCGCCAGCGUCGAUAGCCUCUCGACUCCGCCUUCGGGCCGAGGUGCACCAUCCGCGCUUUACUACAAGGCGCGCACAGCGUUUCUCACGAAACAACGUGCACGAAAUUUUAGACAGACUACUCUACUCGGCGUCAACAGCUUUUAGCCCUGGUUGCGCGAUAUAGCAGCGUGACAGGAUAUUAGAUCCGCGCGGUCUUCAUGAUAUAACGAGUCGGCGUGUACAAACUUUGCGGUAUACUGCGAGCCAGCGUUGUUGUAGUCUUCACAAUAGAGAGUGACUCCGCGAGUCCGUAAGGCGUCUGUCGGUCUCUCUAAAGUCUCUCUGGCAUCAAUUACAACCACGCUUCCCGAGUUCCUUCCCGGGAUUGAUGCAGGCUCUCCGUCGCGAUCGGGUGACUCUGCGAUUAUUCGAGAAGCGGACGUUCCGCUUUAAACGAAGCAAGUGGCUUCGUCGUCGCGUCGCCUCGUUCUCGAGAUCCGGUAUAACGGCGCGGGCGCGCACCUUUAACCCCUUUAGUGCCGCGAAAGAGAGAGUUGUCACAACGUAAUAAUAUAAAAACAAUGCGAAAACUUCGAAUCUAAUUCUUCGUUAUUUUAAACGAAUUAAUAUUGCUAAGUGUAGGAAGCGCCUGCUAAGUGUGCCUGGAAGUGAUUUUUCCGUGAUAAUAAAAUCUAAUAGAAAUGAAAAUUUAGUGCGGAACUUUUAUAAUAAUAAAAAUAAUUUUAAAAAGUAUCCGGGAUAAUUUCUCGGAUGGUAAAAGCGAUCUGAAGAAAGUGCGAGUGCCUCGAGGUGAGAAAUCUCGUAGUGUGUAGCGGAUAAAGAAUUAAGGCGAACUCCUCGAAGCGAACCCUCGGAUUUGCCUGCGCGAUAGAAGGAACGUCGAGUGGCAAGUCGUAGUCGCCAAGUCGAACAAACGUUGCAGCCGUUCUUCGAGCAAUGCUCGGAACUUUCUUCGCCUAACGCCGAAGAUCAAACAGAGGAUCAAAUAGUCACAAGAAGCGCGCGCUCCUCCCGAAAGUUUAUCGAGAGGAGGGAGCGAACAAGGGAACUCGCGUGCUGCGCCUCCCGAAAGGCCGCGCGCGCGACACCGCUACUGAUCGUCGCGGACAAUCGAUCGGUUUCAUCGCGAUCCGCUCCUCGCGAUACACCGCCCUGCACCGUCCGCGGAGAACGAAGGAGACGAGUGGCGCGGGAAAAGAAUGAUGGCGGGGGCGGGGGUGGGCAGUGUUGGCGGCGUCGGGAUGCUGAGGACCAGGCGUAGGGAUGUCAGCGUCAAGCCGAAUAGAAAACUCGACCGGAAGUCCUCGAGGGGGAUGAUUUACGAGAACGAGGAGCUCAGACUGAGGACCAUUCACAUCAAUGCCGAGGUGGAGCAAGGUCAGAACGACAUUAAGAAAUUGCGCAGGGAAAACGAGCAGCUGCGUAGGGAAAUAUGGAGCCUCAGGGACGAGUACGACAAGCUCGAGGACAUCCUGAAGAGACAGAAGAGCCACGACGAAAGCGAAGAGGAUCACUCCGAGGAGGAUGACGGCCCGCAGUCGGAUUCUUCCUGCGAGGAGGACGAGGAGGAGUACGAGGGUAAUGAAAAGACCGAGGAUUUUAACCAGGAGGAGCAGCUAGAAAACGCGGAAAAUCAGAAGAUCUCCUCCGAAAAGAUGAGCAGCAGCAGUUUGCAUCGGCUUCACGUGGAGUUCGACGAUCUGUCGGUCGUCGACGAGGAGGAGGAGUUGAAGCGGGACAAGGAGAGGAAGGAGGUGACCCCGUCGGAGGAGGGCCAGAAGAACGAGGCCGGCCGGCACCCACCCCCGCCGAUCCUCGGCCCCCGGCAACUUCACGAUAACAUCCCGUUUUAUCCGGCCACGUACGAACCGACGAGUGGUUUCAGCGGAACCAGUUAUUACACCGAGUGCCCGUACGAGUUCCCGAGUACGGUCGAUUUAAUGCUACCCACGGAUACGUCCGCGUUAUUGGCUUCGCCCUGCCCGGGAUUACAACCUGAUCCAUUGAUCCCGCUGCCCGGCUUAGACGCCGGUCUGGAUCAACUGGCCGAUCCGAUGCUACCUCAAAUUCAUGUCCCGCCCGUCGGUUGGCAGAGCGACGUGCUCUCUCAAGACCGAUUGCCAGCUUACGCGAACAUCGCUUCCCUCGCGUCGACGACGGAAAUGCAAAUGAGCUCUCCGUUGGAAAAUUCAUCGUCCUCCGAUCCUUUUAGCUGCAUGAAGAGAAGAAACGCGAGCGCGAAACAACCCACGAAGCUCCAGGACGCGUUAGCUUUUCAGGAUUCGCGAACGCAGCUUUUGAGCUGCGGAGAAGCGAUUGGUCGAAGCGCUUGGGAUAUUAUCGCGAAUUCUACUAAUGAAAACAACGCGAUAAUAAACAGCAGACAAGAUACGCGAGUUGAGAGUCAGAAUGUGGAAAAAACCGCGCCGGAAAAGCCGAAGCACUUCUUCGCGCCGCUGUCUUUCAAGCAGAAAAAGCAAGAGGAGGAGUCGCCAACCGCCAGUAUGAGUCACUUUGGAACCGGAACUAGUUCGAGCAGCGGCAAGACAGCUUCCACGGUGAUUUCCAGAACUAAUCCUUUCUUAGGGCAGAAAGGAUCGAUGGAUAUUUACGUAAACGGCGCGAUUCCUUACGAAGAUAAGAACGCUCCAAGAAACAGAUAUGACUCGAAAGCAUCAUUAAGCACGAAUAACCUGUUGAUUACAGACAGUAAAGGUAUUUCGAAUGGUCAACUGAUAAAAUCGAUAUCCUGCCAAAAUCUCCCGAGCGAGUCUCAGGACGGAGGGCAGCAAUUAAAACUAAAUCACAUCGAGUCUCAGAUGUUCACGAAAAGCGAUAACAAUUUGGACAGUAUAACGAACGGCUCCGCCAACCAGCCGUACAAGAGUCAUCUAAACGUGACACUGAAGAUACCGCGAGUCGAGCAAGCGCCGAGUCCGGAGACGCCGGAGAUUCCCAACUUGCCCUCGAUAGAUUACCGCCUCUUCAGGAAUCCCUUUCUGCGAAACUUCGACAAGAUCUGUCCCAGCUACCAAGCGGAACCGAAUCCUCCUCCCGCCGCGACACCGCUCUCCGUUCAGGUGAACGACGACGGUCUCGCUUAUCAGUAUCCUACGUCAACUUACGGCCGAGGUAUUCAUCGCAACGAGAAGCUUCGAGCUACGCAUUCGUCGGAUCGAUUGUUAAUAUCCAGCGAUCAAUUGACGAGCGGUAAGCAAGAUAUUCAAGUAACUUCCUUCGAGAAACCGAGUCCUUGCACUCUAAUACCUACCUCGGCUCCGUACGAUCUGACCACGCUUAGGAGAUUAAACGCAAAUCGAUACCUGCAGAAUCAGAAUCUCUACCAGAACGUUCCCUUCGUCCCGCGGGGAUCUAGUCAAUUUUAUCCGCAGAGAGGCGGAAUGAUGUAUUACGAUAAUGUCACAAAGGUGACUGCGCAAACGCAGACGUCGAUCGACGGCGACUCGCAUCACGAAGACGAGCGCCAGAACGAGGAAACGAUCGGCGCGCCGAAUUCGCCGAGCGGACAAAGGCGGAAAAAAAUCGUGAAAAAGGACAAAAGCCUGAUUAAGGAUCAAGGAUCAUCUCUGAUUGCGCAAAGAAGACUAAAGAAACAGAGCGGCGCUAUGUCAACGGACACACUCGACUCGCCGACAAAAGUGACACGGAAGCGGCUGAGGAAAUUGAGCACGACUAUAUCCGAAGCGCAAGAGGACAAGAACGAGAGCAGAUCGUCGUCCUCGGGACAAGACUCGCCGCGCAAGGACCAAAACCGAAGAGUAUCCGUCCACAUUAAUUCCAAGAGACGAUCGUCCCAGACGUCCCUGAAGACCUCCAGGAGUGGCAGUGUAGACGCGACUAAGGACAAGUACACGGAUGGUGCCGCGCCGAAUUCGGAACGAGAAAGGACGAACUCGGUCAGUAGUCGAGAAACCGCUAGCGUGAAAGCUCGCAAGACUAGUACUAGUAGUGGUAAUGUGCCGUGGUGCGCGUGUUGGGGAAACGGUUGCAUUUAAUCACGAUUGCAUAUUCAAUCCUGCUCAGAAACGUAACUAGAAAAGCAGACGCGGAAUGAAGGGUCUGCGAGGGACAAAGUGCCAAUUAAUUUCGGUGUUAAAAUCUCGAUAUCAAUAUUAAUUAGAAAGUGUUGUUAAAUAAAAUAUUAUUUAAUCAAUAUACUAAUUAGGCAAUUGCAGUUUCUCCGUGAAACAAAAUCUCUAAAUUAAAAAAAAAAAAAAAUUACAGCGUCAAUCUACGCAAAGGUAUUUAAAAUGUUCGCGAAUAUUAAUGAAUAAGCGUAUUCCUGUAAUUUUAUCAUUGUUACGCGAUCUCGAAAAUUAAUAUUCAGCGCCCGAUUCCGAAAUCAGAAUAUACACCUUUUGAUCAGCUUUACCGAGAGGAUUAAUACCAGGUGUUGAUCUAUUUACGUCACCGGUCCCGCUUGGAUACCCUUCAGUACUCUGAUCUCGUAUGCAUCUUGCGAAACGUUAAAACGAGAAGCUAUCGCCACGCUGGACGCGGUCGCCCUUAUUUAUUUAAGACAGCUGCGAUCUAUGUCAACAGCGAGAGAUUCUUGCUACUUUCUGGCUCUCGGCCGGGAGAGAGCCAGGUCGACUGAAUAAUUCGAAGGCCAAAUACCAAAGGGAAAUGCUGAUGGACCGCGGAAUGAAUUCAGGAAGACCUUAACCUAUCCGUUGCUAGUGUGAGGCAACUGCCACUGUAGCCAGUAACACAGGUCGUAAAACAAGCACAGACAGCGGUACUAUGGCGAUACUAACAUGUAACCCGACUGUCGUGACAGUUGUAUCUAAACUAGUUCUAUCAAGAGACCACGAAGACGAGCCUGUAUUCGCUCUUAAGGCAAAUUUGGGGUUCGCAAGCUAUGAACUCACUCGAAACACACGCGCACGGAUAAUGGUAUAUGUUCUUCUCGAAUUACGUAGCUUUAAUAGCAUUGUGCUAUAGAAUCUACGAUUUUCCGAAACAACAACAAGAUCUGAAAUGCAUCAAAAUUAAUAGAUACUUUUGGAACAUUUAUGUUACCGUAUUUUAUGUAAAUGGUGUUUAGAUUCUCGAGCGAGAUAUCGCAAAAAUGUGAAUAAUACAAAAUUAAUAUUCCUUAGAAAAUUACUAUUAUAAAUGUAUUGUUUGAUUAUUGUGCGUUAUUAUAAAUGUAUUAUUUUCUGCGUCGCAAAAAAAUAGAAAAAAAUAUUGUGCAUAAAAAGCAUCGUUUCUAGUCAUUCGUUAUAGUCAUGUGAUUUAUUGACGUUUCAAUGUUUUAAUAAUUGCGUUAGAGAAAAAGAGUGUGAUAAAAUAUUAUCAAUGCUUGGCAAUAAAUGCAUUUAUAGGCAGGCUAACUUGUAAAAUAAUAAUGAUGAGAUAGAUGUACAUAAGUAACCGCAUGCAUUAGUACAUUUGAUAAUUAAUACACUUGUACAUUUUGAUAAUUAAUUUAUACAUAUUAAUAUCCGGCGUAGUAGAAAUAAUCUCUGAUGUUCAAAAUUAUGAACAUCACUCUGAGAAAAAGUAUAGAUACAUAAUGUAUUGUACUUUUAUACUUUACAUUCUAAAAUAUAGCGUUGAUGUAUUUUGUA